AUGGAUAAGUCGGAAGAAAUUGGUUGCAAUGGUAAAAUUCUGAUCAAGAAGGAGCCAUUUUCGCGCGCUCGUCCCCACGAGGUGAUCAUUGAACUACGCAAAUCGAUAAAGGAGAAUCGAUUGUUCCAGCGUCGCAGCUUCAUUGAUGAAGAUCUAUCAUCGCCCCUCGAGGAGGACAACACCCAGUCGCUGGUGGAGUUGUCGAUGGAUGAGAUUGUAAUUGCCAUUCACAGCGAAAAUGAGGAGUACCAGUUCUUGGGCAUGCAGCAGGCCCGCAAGAAGAUUAGUCACAAAGGAGCUGCACCCAUUGAUCUGAUGAUCGGAUAUGGUAUUGUGCCCAUAAGCAUACGCUUCCUUCAAAAUACAAAAAACACCGCGCUGCAAUUGGAGGCCGCUUGGUUAUUGACCAACAUCGCUGCUGGCUCAGUAGAGCAAACGCGCUACGUCAUCGAUCAAAAUGCAGUGCCGAAUUUGAUUGCCCUGCUGCCGACAGAGUCCUUCGAGGUCGCUAAGCAAGUCGUGUGGGCACUGGCAAACAUCGCUGCCAAUGGUAAUGAAGAACGUGACAUUGUCAUUCAGCACAAUGUUAUCGAUAAGAUUCUGCCUUUAAUGGGCGAUGAUAUGCCCAUCUCUUUUCCACGCACUAUUGUCUGGUUGAUAUCGAUUUUGUGCGAGGAUCCAUUGCCGCCUUUUGAGCAGGUCAAGCGGAUGCUGCCAGUGCUGUCGCAACUGCUGAUAGGUGAGGAAUCUAAGGUGCAGUCCAAGGCCUGUUGGAUCUUAGCUAAUGUGGUGAAGUCCGACAACCUUAUUCAAGCAGUGCUUGAUACGGAUGCGGUGCCAAGACUGGUGUAUCUCCUCGAUACGUGUAGUAAUUCUCGCGUCAUUGUGUCAGCCUUACGAUGCAUUGGCAACAUCGUUUCCGGAACAGAUCGGCAGACCGAUGCGGUGAUCGAUUGCGGUGUUUUACCCACACUUGGCAAAUUGCUGCAGCACUCGCAUCACAUCAUUGUCAAGGAGGCUGCAUGGAUUCUGAGCAACAUAACGUGCGGCACUCGGGAACAGAUGAGUGCUGUACUGGACUCGGGCAUCUUUCACCAGAUACGCCAUGUGCUGGACAAGGGAGGAGCAAAUGCUCAAAAGGAGGCAGCUUGGGCCGUAACAAAUGCCACCUCAUCGGGUACAGCUGAUCAGAUUGUGGAAAUGUUUCGCGAGUACAAGUUAAUGAAGCCGUUCCUUGACUUGCUAGCUGCCACAGAUCCCAACACCAUUCAAGUGGUUCUCGGAGGAAUUUCCAAUCUCUUUGGAGUCUGUCUUAAAUUGGGGGGGAUUGAGAAUUUAUGCGUGAUGAUCGACGAUUUGGGUGGUUUUGAAAAGUUGCAUGCGUUGGAGCGCCACGAAAAUGAACAGGUCCGAAAUAAGACUAACGCCUUCAUGGAUAAAUAUUUCUGAAAUCUAAUUGACGCUCCUACACCAUAAUCAAUACACCUUAUCACACACACGCAAACACAUUUAUACAUGGACAGAAGAUAAAUUCUCUUUUGUGAAUUUCGGCCAUGAAAACGCAUCUUAGGCCCAUUGUCUUCAGAGCUUUCAUUUCCAUUUCACUCUUUCAACUGUUCUCAAAAUACUUACUAUUACACCCUGUCAGUUACAGGGUGUCACACACACAA